AUGUACUCUCCAAAAGAAUAUCAUCAAAUUGUCUCUGCAGAGUUGCCAGACAGAAUUAGAUCACCAUAUCUAUUCUCUCUUGUUGUAAAGCAUAUGCUUCAUGGUCCAUGCGGAUCUCUGAACCCAAAGAGCCCUUGUAUGCGACAAAAUCACAAAUGCAAAAACAACUAUCCGAAAGAUUUUUGUGACUUCACCAAGCAUGGAAAAAGCUCAUAUCCAUUGUCUAGAAGGCGUGAUGAUGGAAACAGUGUCAUGAUCAGAGAUCAUCAGUUAGACAAUCGUUGGGUUAUCCUUUAUAAUGCAUAUCUUUUAGCAAAAUAUGAUUGCCACAUCAACGUUGAAGUUUGUUCUGCUAUCGAAACUGUAAAAUAUGUAUAUAAGUAUAUAUACAAGGGUCAUGACCGAGUUAUAUAUCAGUUGAAUACGGAACAAACAAACAAAAUUAUUGAUGAAAUAAAAAAUUUUCAGUCUGCUCGAUGGAUCUGUGCCCUAGAAGCUAUGUGGAGAAUCUUCGCUUUCGAUUUCAGUGCCAUUAAUCCAGCUGUUAUUCAAGCUGAAGAUCUCAAUUUAUUAUAUAAGGAAUUUUCCCAAUAUUUUGUCUGGGAUGAAGAUAAUAGAAUCUGGUAUCCUCGAAAACGUAGACAAGUCAUUGACCGUGUGACCACAGCACAUCCAAUAGAAAGCGAAAGAUAUUAUCUUAGAAUGCUGUUGAUGCAUGUUCGAAGACUAAAAUCCUUUACUGAUCUCAAAACAGUAAAUGGAUUCAUUGCUUGUUCAUUCAAAAGAGCUGCAGAAAUUCGAGAAUUAUUACAGAUUGACAAUGGAACAGAGCAAUGUCUAUCAGAAGCUGCGCUAUACAAGAUGCCAUCAUCUCUCAGGAAACUAUUUGAUGUUAUUUUGAUAUAUUGUCCACCGAGCAAUCCAAAGGACCUUUGA